CCCUCCCAGAGGUCGUCUUCGCAGUCAGACACAACACCAUUCAUUACUCCACGCAGACAAAAUGGUGCUCACCGAGUACUCAUACGUCUUUGCCAUUGGCACCUUCUUCGCCCUCCUAGACGCCUACAACAAUGGCGCCAGUACGUCCCCUUCCAGUUAAACCAUCUAUGUUAAUUACUGGAUACUAACAUACACAGACGACGUCGCCAACGCCUGGGCAACCAGCGUCUCCUCCCGCUCCAUCACAUACCGACAAGCCAUGAUCUUCGGCACGAUCUUCGAAAUGCUCGGCGCCAUCACCGUCGGCGCCCGCACCGCCGAUACAAUCAAGAACGGGAUCAUCCCGAAUGAGGCAUUCCAGGGGAACGCGGGCGUGCAGAUGCUUGCAUUCACAUGCGCGCUGGCUGCUGCCUCGUCGUGGGUUAUGUGGUGCACGCGGCACUCGGCGCAUGUUUCGUCCACGUACUCGCUUAUUUCCUCUGUUGCGGGGGUGGGCGUUGCUACUGUGGGCGCGUCGAAGGUGCAAUGGGGUUGGAAUGGGGGACAGGGGCUUGGAGCAAUCUUUGCGGGCUUGGGAAUGGCGCCGGCUAUUGCGGCUUGUUUCGGCGCGAUAAUCUUCAUGUUGAUCAAGGUUGUUGUUCAUAUGCGGCGGAACCCUAUCCCCUGGGCUGUUUGGGCGGCGCCGUUCUUCUUCCUUGUUGCGGCGACGGUUUGUACGCUGUCGAUUGUGUACAAGGGGUCGCCGAACUUGGGGCUCAAGGAUAAGGAGCCUUGGUAUAUUGCUGCGGUGACUAUGGGGACGGGUGGUGGUGUCUGUCUCCUCUCCGCGAUCUUCUUUGUCCCCUGGACGCAUGCCCAGGUUAUCAAGCGCGAUGGGUCUAUUAGAUGGUAUCAUGUCUUCCUCGGUCCGCUCCUCUGGAGUCGUCCGUACCCAGCUGAUGCGGACCGCGCUGUCGCCGUUGUCCCCGACUAUGCCGUCGUCCAGCACGAUAGCGACACCGAUGAGGUGAAGAAACUCGACAUGGCAGAUAUCGGCUCCCCUGAGACACUCUGCGAGGACACCGUGCUCCCCAAAGCCGCGCAGGCCACAGAGAAAAGCCUCAGCGCUACAGAAGCACAAGCAGACUAUAAGCAGCUGAUGGCCGAAGCGGAGGAAAAGUUCCACGCAAAGCUGCGCAAAGGUCGUGGUCCGCUGGCGUGGGCGCUGCGUGUGCUGCAUGAGAACCCGCUGGGGGCUGGCGAGAUAUACGAGUUCAAGAAUCUGAGGAUCCUGGCCAAGCGCAUUCCGUGCAUGAUUAUCGUCGGCGCGCUGUAUGGGCUGCACUAUGAUAUCCAUGCGGCGCAGAGUGGGAUCCAUGGCACGCCUGAGGGGGAUCGUAUGGAGAGGGUGUAUGCCUGUGCGAAGAAGUACCCGAAUGAGGUGGAGCACACAUUCUCGUUCAUUCAGGUGUUGACAGCUUGUACGGCGUCCUUUGCGCACGGGGCGAACGAUAUUGGGAACUCGGUUGGGCCUUGGGCUGUGCUCUAUGGGGCGUGGAAGACGGGCAGUGCGGCGGAAUCAGAGGCUGAUGUGGCCGUGUGGCAGCUGGCUGUCCUGUCUGCGACUAUAUCUAUUGGGCUUAUUACGUAUGGGUAUAAUAUCAUGAAAGUCAUGGGUAACAAAAUCACAUACCACUCGCCCAGCCGCGGGUGCUCUAUGGAAAUGGGCGCUGCUAUUACGGUCCUCGUCUUCUCGCAGUAUAAACUCCCGGUUAGCACGUCGAUGUGUAUUACAGGCGCGACGGUCGGUGUUGGGCUGUGCAAUGGCACGUACAAGGCAGUCAAUUGGCAGCGUGUUGGGCUGCUUGUUAUUGCGUGGAUCAUGACGAUUCCCAUUGCAGGCACCAUGGCAGGUAUCCUGAUGGGCGUUGUCCUGAAUGCACCGCACUUUAGCUGAGUAUAGAUUGAAUUAUUAUUGUUUGACAGUAAAACAGCAGAGUCAUACCUUAUAUCGUUUACGUAGUCUUACAGAAAAAUAAAUUAGUAAAUCAAGAACAACAGAAUGGCCAUG